UGGUGGUCUCCUUUUUCCAAACUCCUCCAGGUUUUAAGAAUAAACAGAUCAGAUUAAAAAGUCUAUGUACUAUCUCCUUUGGGGAGGAGAACAGAAGAGAGGAGACUUGCAGAAGUAUUGCAUCAGGUAUGGAGUUGAAAAGCACUGCAGAUGGAAGAAAUGAUAAGUUUCCGGUAGGAAUGAGGGUCCUCGCUGUGGAUGACAAUCCAACCUGCCUUCGGAAACUGGAAGAGUUGCUGCUUCGUUGCAAGUAUCAUGUGACAAAGACAAUGGAGUCGAGGAAAGCUCUGGAAAUGCUGAGAGAGAAUAGCAACAUGUUUGAUCUGGUUAUAAGCGAUGUAGAGAUGCCAGACACAGAUGGCUUUAAGUUGCUUGAAAUUGGUCUUGAAAUGGACCUUCCUGUCAUCAUGUUGUCAGCUCAUAGCGAUUACGACAGCGUUAUGAAAGGUAUUAUACAUGGUGCCUGCGAUUAUCUGGUCAAGCCUGUUGGGCUCAAGGAGCUUCAAAAUAUAUGGCAUCAUGUUGUGAAGAAGAACAUCAAAUCUUAUGCAAAAACCAUAGGCCCUUCUCGUCAACUGCUCCCACCUUCUGAAUCCGAUCUCGUCCCAAGCGUCAGCAAGAAACGGAAAGAGAAAGUCAAUGACAGUGGUGAUGAAGAUGACAGUGACAGAGAUGAGGAUGACGGUGAGGGGAGUGAACAGGAUGGUGACGAGUCAGGUGCGCGGAAGAAGCCACGAGUCGUUUGGUCGCAGGAGCUCCACCAGAAGUUUGUUAAUGCUGUUCAGCAACUGGGUCUCGACAAGGCUGUUCCCAAAAAAAUACUUGAUCUCAUGAAUAUAGAAGGUCUCACUAGGGAAAAUGUAGCCAGCCAUUUGCAGAAGUACAGACUGUACUUAAAAAAGAUAGACGAAGGUCAGCAGCAAAAUAUGACCCCAGAUGCAUUUGGAACAAGAGACUCAUCUUACUUUCAUAUGGCUCAACUUGAUGGAUUUAGAGAUUUUACUGGCACAAGACAACUGCCAAGCUCGGGUCUCUUAUCACGUUCCCAUCUAACCAAACUCCAACCCCAUAUGUAUCCAUCAGUAAAUCUUCAAGGAAUGAACUCUUCCAGCUUUAUCCAACAGGGGCAUCACCAGAGCUCAAGCAACUCAGCUAAUCCAUUUGGAACAUAUCACAGUACUCUGGCACCAAGAAUCCAGAACGUAAAUCUGUUUCAGCGAACUUCAUCUCCACUAGAACCCCUUCAGUUUCCUAGAAGCAAGUGCUCUGCAUACACGGGAGAUUUUAAAAGCAUAGGGGACCGAGCAAUUGGCGGUAGCUUCCUAGAUUCUUGUAUGCCAUUUGGUAGCUCUAGCACCUCGUUGCCAAGUGCUUCAAGCAAUACUCUAAUGUCGCAAGCAAACUAUACACAACCCCUGCAUACAGCCUCAAGUGGAAAUCAGUCUUGCAUCGAGGGAACUAUGUCCGACUCUGCCUCCCAAAACAUCAGCGUCCAAGGCCUGUCUAGAUUUCCUAGUCAAAGCUGGCAAGGGAAUUUGAACACAACCAGAUUCCUGUCGAAUUCCUUACCAAUAAAUCAUGCUUUCUUGCCGGAUCAAGUGACAUGUGCAGGGAACAAUCUGGGAGAUUGUACUUCUUUGGUUUCUGCAGAGAAUCCUGGUGGAGAGAUGCAGUGUGAACCUCAGUUACUUGGCGGCUUCAUGCAGAACAUGAAUCCUAUAGACGGACAAAAAUGGGAGCAACAGAACUGUGGCAUGCUGAACAACAGUACAUUCGGUAACGUAGAGUAUCCCCUACCAGGAGACAACAUGGUAUUCAGGGGCAACAAUGCGACCAGAAACAAAGGCUUGGAUGUGUCAUUGAUGAGCCCAAUAGACAACAGUGCAAAUGUCAACAGUCAGGAGUAUGUUGGAAAACCUAGUAGAAUGGUGGAUCCAGAGAUGAAGUUGGGAAAGGCAGAGAAUGCUCAGGUUGACAACCAGAACCAGCACGAUGUAUUCGAUGACAUUAUGAAUGAGAUGAUGAAACAGGAGGAGAACAAUGGAAUGGUGUCAGUGGCUACUAGAUUUGGGUUUGAUUCGUUUCCACCGCCUUAGUAGUUUAUUACUGUAGUAAUCUCCUUCUCUACCGGUUGCAUUAGUUCUCUCAACUUGAGACCAAUCUCAUUGUUUUUUUUUAGGUUCUAUUUCUUUCCAAUAGUUUGCCUCCGAUUGUCAAUAGAUCAUCAUCAGCUGACACACUGCACCAACAUGUUUCAUAUCCUCUUUUAUGAAUUGGCAUUGAGAUUGAAAGCGAGACUGUUACAA